GACCUCCCCGCCUGUCCCCCACCUCCACCCUGGCAGGCCUUCUCCCCCCCCCCCCCCCCCCCCCCAGGGCUGGCCUCCUCCGGCCACAUUCUUUCGCUAAGUGUGAGAGGCUGUGGGAAAAGCAACCCGGAGCCGGCCGAGAGCCGGCGAAGCUGAUCCCGCGAUGGCAUUUUGUUUUGAACAGUUGCUUGGGUUGACGUUUCCUCAUAAGGUCACUUUCAUGAAUUCAAAGGCAAUUUACCAGUGAUUUUGGGUGCUGGGGCUGAUUUUCUUGGUGUAUUUAAGAAUGUCUUCCAAGCAAGCCACCUCUCCAUUUGCCUGUUCAGCUGAUGGAGAGGAAGCGAUGACCCAAGAUUUGACCUCAAGGGAAAAGGAGGAGGGCAGUGAUCAACAUGUGGCCUCCCAUCUGCCUCUGCACCCUAUAAUGCACAACAAACCUCACUCUGAGGAGCUACCAACACUUGUCAAUACCAUUCAACAAGAUGCUGACUGGGACAACAUUCUGUCGUCUCAGCAAAGAAUGGAGUCAGAGAAUAAUAAGUUAUGUUCCCUAUAUUCCUUCCGAAAUACCUCUACCUCACCACAUAAGCCUGACGAAGGGAGUCGGGACCGCGAGAUAAUGACCAGUGUUACUUUUGGAACCCCAGAACGCCGCAAAGGGAGCCUUGCCGAUGUGGUGGACACACUGAAACAGAAGAAGCUUGAGGAAAUGACUCGGACUGAACAAGAGGAUUCCUCCUGCAUGGAAAAACUACUAUCAAAAGAUUGGAAGGAAAAAAUGGAAAGACUAAAUACCAGUGACCUUCUUGGAGAAAUUAAAGGUACACCUGAGAGCCUGGCAGAAAAAGAACGGCAGCUCUCUACCAUGAUUACCCAGCUGAUCAGUUUACGGGAGCAGCUCCUGGCAGCGCAUGACGAGCAGAAAAAACUGGCAGCCUCACAAAUUGAGAAACAACGGCAGCAAAUGGACCUUGCUCGCCAACAGCAAGAACAGAUUGCAAGACAACAGCAGCAACUUCUGCAACAGCAGCACAAAAUUAAUCUCCUGCAGCAACAGAUCCAGCAGGUUCAGGGUCACAUGCCUCCGCUCAUGAUCCCAAUUUUUCCACAUGACCAGCGGACCCUGGCAGCAGCUGCUGCUGCCCAGCAGGGAUUCCUCUUCCCCCCUGGAAUAACAUACAAACCAGGUGAUAACUACCCCGUACAGUUCAUUCCAUCAACAAUGGCAGCUGCUGCCGCUUCGGGCCUCAGCCCUUUACAGCUUCAGAAGGGUCAUGUCUCCCACCCACAAAUUAACCCAAGGCUAAAGGGCCUAAGUGACCGUUUUGGCAGGAGUUUGGACACCUUUGAACAUGGUGGUGGCCACUCUUACAACCACAAACAGAUUGAGCAGCUCUAUGCCGCUCAGCUGGCCAGCAUGCAGGUGUCACCUGGAGCAAAGAUGCCAUCAACUCCACAGCCACCAAACACAGCAGGGGCAGUGUCACCUACUGGGAUAAAAAAUGAAAAGAGAGGGACCAGCCCUGUAACUCAAGUUAAGGAUGAAGCAACAGCACAGCCGCUGAAUCUCUCAUCCAGACCCAAGACAGCGGAGCCUGUCAAGUCCCCAACCUCUCCCACCCAGAGCCUCUUCCCAGCCAGCAAAACCAGCCCCGCCAGCCUGCCCAGCAAAAGCGGCAUCCCCAGCCCCAUUGCAGGGAGCUUGGGGAGGGGAUCCUCUCUAGGUAAAUGGAAAGGUCAACACCAGGAAGAGACUUAUGAAUUAGAUAUCCUGUCGAGUCUCAACUCCCCUGCCCUGUUUGGGGAUCAGGAUACAGUGAUGAAAGCCAUUCAGGAAGCUCGGAAGAUGCGAGAGCAGAUCCAGCGGGAGCAACAGCAGCAACAGCCACACGGGAUUGAUGGGAAGCUGCCCUCCAUGAACAAUAUGGGGCUGACCAACUGCAGGAAUGAAAAGGAAAGGACGCGCUUUGAGAGCUUGGGGCCCCCGCUAACAGGCAAGCCGAGCGAAGAUGGGAAGCUGGGUCCAGGUGUAAUCGAUCUCACACGGCCGGAAGACGCAGAGGGAAGUAAAGCAAUGAAUGGCUCUGCAGCUAAACUACAGCAGUAUUAUUGUUGGCCAACAGGAGGUGCCACUGUGGCUGAAGCACGAGUCUACAGGGAUGCCCGUGGCCGGGCCAGCAGCGAGCCACACAUCAAGCGACCAAUGAAUGCAUUCAUGGUUUGGGCGAAGGACGAGAGGAGGAAAAUUCUUCAGGCCUUCCCCGACAUGCAUAACUCCAACAUUAGCAAAAUUUUAGGGUCUCGCUGGAAAUCCAUGUCCAACCAAGAGAAGCAACCAUAUUAUGAAGAGCAGGCCCGGCUAAGCAAAAUCCACUUAGAGAAGUACCCCAACUAUAAGUACAAACCUCGACCGAAGCGCACCUGCAUUGUUGAUGGCAAAAAGCUCCGGAUCGGGGAGUACAAGCAACUGAUGAGGUCUCGGAGACAGGAGAUGAGGCAGUUCUUCACUGUGGGGCAACAGCCUCAGAUUCCAAUCACCACAGGAACAGGUGUUGUGUAUCCUGGUGCUAUUACUAUGGCAACGACCACACCAUCACCUCAGAUGACAUCUGACUGCUCUAGCACCUCUGCCAGCCCAGAGCCCAGCCUCCCGGUCAUCCAGAGCACUUACGGCAUGAAGACAGAUGGCGGAAGCCUAGCUGGAAAUGAAAUGAUUAAUGGAGAGGAUGAAAUGGAAAUGUAUGACGACUAUGAAGAUGAUCCCAAAUCAGACUAUAGCAGCGAAAAUGAACCCCCAGAAGCUGUCAGUGCCAACUGAAGAGUAUUUGUUUGCUGAAUUAAAAUACUCUGACAUUUCAUCUCCCCUUCCCCAACAAAAAAGUUCUUAAAGAGCCCGCAUGCAUUUGUGGCUCCACAAUUACAUCAGCAGAAUGGUCUUAAUUAUUUUGUAAAGUGUGAGACAGAUUAAGUUUUCCCUGAUUUUUCAUGAACUUGAGUUUUUUGUCGUUAUUGUUAUUGUUGUUGUUGUUUUUUUUAAAUUUAGGUGAAGACAUAUUAAAUAUGAGACACCAGGACUUGAAAACUUAUCUCAACCCAUAGCUGUCUUACAAGUCUUAUAUUUUUGUCUUACUUUUUUUUUCUUUUGGAUGUUGAUAAAGGUUUAAGUUACUGUUUUAGAUGGGGUUAAACAUUCUCACUCAGGUAUGCUGUGCCGGCCUACAGGUUGUGAAUGUGUUUUUAUUCUGAAUUACUUUAGAAAAUAACAGGAUUUCAUUUUGUGAAACAGAACAAGUCCACAGCGUGUGCAGCUGCAUGUAGAGCAUAUUCAAAAGGCCUCGGAAUUCCAUGUGUCCAUGUGUAGAGUUAAACUUUGAAUGUGCCAAACUUUCUCAUCACUUUUGGAUCUUAAUAUUUUGAAAAGUCUUAAAGGAGACACUGCAAAGUCUUAGACAAUCUUUGGCAUCUUAAAAUAAAAUAGCAAACCAGACCUUUUUUUUUUUUUUUCCAGAAAAAUGGUAAAGUACUCAGGAAUCUGGAGACAAGAUAUUGUAAGGAAUGAACAAGGUUGCCACAGUGCAUGUACCCAAUCAUGUUUGCCUCUUGACGUGCCAUCAGUGUGUCACGUGUAUGAUGUGUGCACACCAGAGCGAUCACCACACCAGAUACCGACAUGGUGGUCUCCUCUGCCAGAGACCACCUCUCACUACAUCCAUCAUCCCUUUGCCUUUAACCCUGACAUUCAGUCUUAACACAUUUUCUCUUAAAUAAUUUAUUCAUUCCAGAAUGUCAAGGGUCCACUUACUAUUUAUUUUUUUAAAAAGUUGUUGGUGGCAUUAAUUUAAUAAUUCUUGUUUUUUCACCUUCCUUCCCCAAAGAACUUUUCAGUCCUUUUCACCUCCUUCUCCUGCUAGAUACAAAAGAUGUACAUAGUGAUUUUGUCCCCAGAGCAUCUGGAAGCAUUUCUGAAACAAGGUACUAUUAAAUACCUUCGUGUUUUUUUUUCUUAAACAUGAGUGUGUAUCGUGCUGCAGGGCUGUGUAUUUGGAUAUAGGUGCAGAGUCUUACACUUCAACAGCUAGGCCCUUGAGGUUUGCUGUGACCUCGAGUCUCUUGCCAGAAUCUCCCCCUAAGUCAGCUCAGCAGCAGGUAGUAGGAUCUGCCUCCAUGGCAUUUGACCUGAAGGUCAUGCAGCAGAAAGGGUCAGCAUCAAGGGUCAAGGGUGGUGACUCCUAGCAGGAAAGUCCCACAGCCAAACCUAUAGCCCAAGGCUGGGGGCCAUGGAGGAGGCCACAGUGACGCUGUCAUGGGCUGGCACCUUUAUAUGGAGUUGCCUUGUCCCAUCUGGUCCAUUUAGGGGAUUCUUUGCAAAAUCCCCAGGGUGCAAGAAGCCAUGUGACAGACUCUACGAAAAGACAGAGGCAGAGAGCCAUGAUACAUCCAGAGGGUGAAAGAAAACCGUAGGGAAGGAGAAGGAGGGGAAAUACAUUCUCUACAGGAUGUCCCCACUGUUAUCUCGGGGAACAGAUCACUCCUGGAGCAGCAGAGGAGUUCUUUCCGGCUCAUGUGUCCUCUGUCUGCAGCCUCCGUGUGAACAAGAUUAACCGCACUUGUCACACAAGGACUUUUUUGGAGAUGUGCUGAUGGCUUGGGAGGCAGUGAGAUUGGAUUCCCCAUCUCCUCCUCAUAGGGAUCUUAGCCUGAUCGCCUAUGGGGGAGGGAAGCCAUCACCAGAGUAAUUCAGUUGGAGAAUGUCUUCGAAUGGGACAGUUCACCUCAUAGGAUGACUCAGAAUCGGAUCACUAGAACAUAGGAACGGCCCCCUCAGAUUUCUUGAGCCAUUUUUGUCACUUGGAAGAAAAUAGUGUACCUUCAUAUUUAUUUACAGAGUGCUCAAGGCCAUACUUCAUAACAAUAACUAGCUCUAGCCACAAUAUACUGGCUACAUCGUUAGCUGGGAGUGCUCUCCAUAAGCUGAUUAAGGUACUGAUAGGAAUGUUUUGUUCUUAAUAUUGGUUGGGGAUUGGAACUUUGUUUUUGUACAUUUAUUUCAAAUGAGGAGGAGGUCAUUUUUUUCUUUAAAAAAUGAGUAUUUAUUGUCUUACUAAUUUCUUUUGAACGUAUACCUCUCCUCCUCGUUCAUCCUCAUGUUUUUUUUCUCACCCUCCUUGGCUUGGCUUUGCCCUCUCCACUCCUUUUUUUUUUUAUUUUGUUGCAUAGGUAGAGUGCUGUAUGGCUAGCAUUGUAAUGUAUGUAAUUAAUUUUGCACAGAGGCAAACAUUUAGAAUAGUAGGUUAAUUUUGUUUGUUUUAUGACCAUGCCAAAAUAAUAUUCUGGGCUGGUGGAGAACAAAGGACUGUUCUUUAGGACUGAAACUUGAUUUCACUUGUAGUAAAACAAAACAAAACAAAAACAACAAAAAAACACACACACUCACAGAUGUUGUUUCAUAAGUGUUAUAAGCACUGGAUAUAAAUGGUAUUUUUUAUCACUUCUGACUAAUGUGAAACUGUUGUACGAAAACUACAUGAACAAAAGUCAUCUGUUUCGACUCGUGUGGGCUUGCCUCACAGUUGCCGGAUUUGAGUCAUUUUUAUGUCUUGUUAUUUCAUUUAUUUAUGCAAAAUACAUGUGUGUAUGAACACUUUGUUUUAGCUCCAGCUCGCCCCGGCACUGGGGCUCAGUUACUUCGAGCCGCGCUCUCGAAAAUGAAAGGCUAUUCAGGAAUGAUCUGAUUGUAAACACCCUUGCAUUGGGUCGAACAGUGAUGCCGUAUUUGAAUCUAAAUUCUGCGCCUAAGCAGUUUAUCCUAUUUAUUUAGCCAAGUUUGGCUCUAAAAAUCCUUAGAAAUUCAGAACGACAAUCAUAGGGAUCACUUCAUUUUCUCUGCAAUGGGGCUUAAAACAAAGUUGUUUUUUUUAUGACUUUACCAUCUCAUUUUAGAUUUGUUUUUCUAAUUGUGUAAAUAUAACAUAGAAAUAGAGUUUAUUUUUGGUUCAUGAAUACUUAGUGAGAUAUAAGUUAUGUAUUUCCUUUCUGUUCUCUCUCUGUACGUGUUGGUCCAGACUAGAAGUCGAGGAGUCACUGCACCGCGUGGGGGGUAGUGGGUUACCAGCCACCGUGAGGGCACUGCGUCCCACUGGCGCUGGGGUGAGAAAGCCCUUCCCUCGGGCCUCAGCAGUUAAAGCCCGCUGUCCGCAGAAUCAGACUUCGGCUUUUUUUCUCAGAAAGUCAAUGAAUGGAACAUACCAAGUGUCCAGGACAGCUGGGAGAGAGCCCGUUUUGCUUUGUGAAUCCACAUCCAUUGAGUAAGGUAAUCUCUGUGACCAUUUUUAAUAGCAAAAAACGUGAAUGUUAUUACAAAAGCAAAAAUCUGCCCCUGAAAUUGGUCAUGAAGUAAAGUCCCACCAUGCCAAUUAAAGGAAAUAUUAUUAAUAAACUUUUUCAGUGCUUUUUAUUUCGGAGUGUCUUCAAAUCAGAGAUAAAAAAUUAUCUCCAUUUCGGUAAAGAAUUUACAAGGUUAGGGUUUCCAUGUCACCUAGCAUAGGGACACUGGCAGACAAUCCUAGCCUAAAAAUGGACCAUAAGAAAUAGGAAGGAAGGAAGAAAGGAAGGAAGGAAGGAAGGAAGGAAGGAAGGAAGGAAGGAAGGAAGGAAGGAAGGAAGGAAGAAAGAAGGAAAGAAAAAGAAAGAAAGAAAGAAAGAAAGAAAGAAAGAAAGAAAGAAAGAAAGAAAGAAAGAAAGAAAGAAAGAAAGAAAACAAGUUAAUCUGUGGGGCAGGCAGGCAAUUUCUCUGUUUCACUGGCCCAUGUGAUGUAGUGUCUUCCCCAGGUCUGAGAGCUUUGUUGUUUUCACAAUCACCCAGCUCAACCUUUUAGGAGCGAAUCAGUUUGCUUCAUUUGGUAUUUGAUACUCCCUAGCCUUGUCCUCAGGCCCUGUUCUGUUUGCCAGGGUCCUGACACCCACUGGAAGGCCAAGUUCUAAAUUCAGGUGUGGGCUCAGUGCUAUUGAGCUUGUCAAAGUCUGGCCUCCCCUGAACAUAGGCCCCACCCUCCUCUGGGAGCCUGGGUGUGUAAAAAGGGUGUGACCACCCUAGGCUGAAAUCAAAGGCUGCUUUCUUUUACUGAGGAAGCCCCGCUGCUGCUUCUUUGGAGCACCCCCUACCCAGCCAGGAGCACAGGCACUAGCUGAAAGCAGGGACUGUUUCCAGGAAGUCCAUCUGCCCACAGUAGGAAAGGAACCUGGUCACUUAAAAACCACAGCCCAGGCUGCUUAUCUCAAUUUACUGAUGCUGCAGAGAGGGGACCUCUGCCCACUCAUUAGGGAACAAGAAAGAAUCACCUAGUAGUUUUAAAUCAUACGAGAAGCCCUGUACCAAGUGCCAACAGCUGCAAACUGUGCAGCUAAACGAAUGUAUUGGUACUAUUUCUGGGUGUUCCUUUCUGAUGAGAAAAUGACAAAGUGGUUGCCUGUAGCCUUGCCUGAUUCUAUACACGUUUGUCUAAGGACUGAGUUGGCACUUAAGCUCACUUCUCCAAGUAUCAUAUCGUAUGACCUCAUUUGUCCUUUUACAAAAGCACUUGCAUCAUUUCCUUCAGUCCUCUGAACCCUCCCCCACCAGCGUGUUCUCUUCCUUAAUAAACAACUUCUAUCUGUUAUUUAUGCUGAUCAUGUUCUGUUUCCGAUGCCCUAUGCUAUGGAGCAUAACCCUCUGCCGAUAUCAUUGAAAAUAUUGAUAUGCAAACACAUUUCCUUUUCAUCCCCAGCCCCUCUUUUCCCUUGGGGACAGAUCGCUUUCCCAAAGCUCAUGAACAAGUAUUAGAAAUGCUGGUACCUUCUUGGGGCGGGGCUAGAGGCUGGGAGGAGGUGGGAAGGCAGAGGGGCAGCCGGGUAACAGGGCACGUCCUCUUCUAAUUGGUGUCUGUGGCAAAACGAAAGCUUGACGACUCGGUGACAUUAUCUUGCUCAGUAGUUUCUUAUUCCUGAAGAACCACAAGCAUAAAGCGAGGCCUCAACGCUGGUGCUCUUGGAGUAUGGGGGAUGUGCAAAUAUUUAACUGUGUGUGUCUGCUGCACAUUGUAGGUCCGCUUGUGUGCAUUCUCCGUUCGUCUUCCCUUGUCAUAUGUGUUUUUGCUUUUUUUGGAAAGUGCGGUCUUUAUUGUAACCUUCGCCAGCUUGUAGCAGGUUAGAAUGCUUAGCAUUUCUGUUCAUGCCUUAUUGUAUUUUGCCAUGUGUAAAAAAAAAAUUUUAUUACCGUAGGCAAGCUUAUAAGCUGUUACUACAUAACUUAUCUGACUGUAACUCUUUUUAUUUCCCCGACAUUGUAAUUUGUUUGUGAUGUAUAUUGUGAGAUUGUAUUUUAUGUUAAUUUAAUCAGCACAAUUCACUGACAUGCUGGACUGACAUGCUGGCUGCUGUUUCCAAGUGUAAAGUGCGUGUAGGGCUGUUGGGACAACUGCGACUCUGUUGUCAAGGUACUGUGCUUUGGUUCCCGUAGCAACACUGCGGGCGUGGCCCUGGUGAGCUCAGGGCACUCACCACCCCCUGGAGCCAAUCUUAACUGCAGGUUUUCUUUGUAGAAACUCUAUGUAUAACGCAGGUACCUGCUUGGCCCAUGGCUGGUAACUAUUUGGGCAAUUAGAGAAAACAAAAAACCAUAAAAACUAGUGUCUAUUGCUGCUUUGAAUAUGUUUGAAAGUCUGAAAAUGUAAAUAGUUUAUCAAAAAAAAAAAAUCUUGUACAGUCCAGUGUAAAGUUUUUAAAUGACCUUAAGGGUUGCCAUCACAUCUUUCUCACACUCUCCUCUUGAUAAUGGGAA